UGCCUUGCAGUAUACGAUGUUGUACAUAUUUGGGUCCUAUUUCACGUUUCAGUGAUCGAUUCAAGUCGAGCUUCGUCUCUCUCUCUCUCUCUCUCUCUCUCUCUCUCUCUCUCUCGAUCGCCCUGGUAGCGAUGGCGUUGAAGUUUCUAAACAAGAAGGGAUGGCACACGGGGAGCCUUCGGAACAUAGAGAACGUUUGGAAAGCCGAGCAGAAACACGACGCCGAACAGAAGAAGUUGGAAGAACUCCGCAAGCAGAUCCUCGAGGAGAGAGAGCGCUCCGAGUUUCGCCUCCUCCAAGAGCAAGCCGGCCUCGUUCCUCGGCAAGAGAGAUUGGAUUUCCUGUAUGAUUCAGGUCUAUCCGUUGGAAAGGGCGGUAAUUCUGAUGGAUUUAAGGCACUUGAGUCCUUACCAAAGACUGAACCUCAAACAGCUUCCUCCUCGUCUUCUGUAAAGCAGGAGCAGCCGUCUGUCCCAGGUGCUUUAUUUGAGGAGAAGCCUCAAUCUGCCAAUGAUGCGUGGAGGAAACUUCAUUCAGAUCCUUUGCUUUUGAUUCGACAGCGAGAGCAAGAAGCCCUAGCUCGUGUGAAGAACAACCCCAUCCAGAUGGCAAUGAUUCGCAAAUCUGUUGAAGCUCAGAACAAGGAAAAGACACCUAAAAGUGACAAAAUCAGAGAGAAGCAUCAUAACAAGAAGCCGAAGCAUGGGAGACAUUCUUCACCUGAAAGGAACACGGAUUCAGAAAACGUUGCUAGUGAAAGUGACAAAAGAAGAAACCACAAGAGCUCAAAACGUGAUGAGCAUUCCGACAAGUUACCACCACGUUCAGAGAGAGAAUCGAGGGAAAGGACUACUAAUAGAGGCAAGGAUGUGAUGUACAAAGAGCAGCCAUAUCGUGCCCCAUCUGAUUCAACCAAGGAAAAUGGGGAGACUCGGGAUGGAAUCAAGAGGAAGCAUGACAAGUCACAACGUGAAAAAUAUUAUUGGGAAGGCCGAAUGGAGGAUUCUGAAUCUGGUAGAAAGGGGAGGGAAGACCGACAUGAAUCAUACCACAAGCGCCGGAAUAAUCCCUCUAAACUUUCCGAAGAAGAGAGAGCUACUAGGCUGCAGGAGAUGCAAAUGGAUGCCGAGUUGCAUGAACAGCAAAGAUGGAAACGUCUAAAGAAGGCAGAUGAGAUUGAUGAUCAAGAAGCCGUGCGUGCACACACAGUUGGUAGCAGGAAUUUCUUGGAUGCUGCUCAAAAAAGUGUAUACGGUGCUGAGAAGGGGGGAAGUUCCACUAUAGAGGAGAGUGUACGGCGCCGAACGCAUUAUUCUCAGAGAAGGUCAGAAGAUGGUGAAGCUAAUGCUUUUCGGCGUUAAGGCACUUUGUCUUUGUUUCACUAUUUCCAUGUGCGCAUCUCUGACUCCCCCUAUUAGGACAUGUUCGGAGCUUGGACUUGCUGUAUUAUGCUGUAAGAGUAAGGUGUAAAAACUGCUUCCAUUUUUCGUGCAAAGGGUUUGCUGCUCUUUUCUUUGUACUUGUGACUUGUCAAUUGAUUCAAGUCUUUCAAGCCAAUCUUAAAUGAAUUCUAAUUGAACUGGGCUGGAAAAUUUCAAUUUUA